UCAAUUCAAGUCUUUGAGCUUCUUACAACUUUUCUAGUGAGUUACAACUUCCGCUGGUGUUUGUUGAACUAUAGACGGUUCACUGAAUAUCUUUGCAUUUGAAUUUAAGAUUGCUUAACAUAAUAAAACUAUACCCGGAGGCGUGUUUUGGUUUAAUCGCCUCAGUCUUCGGGAGACUUGUUAGUUCAUCCUGUUUUGUCAUUAGUCAGCAAACGUUUUUCCUCUUAAAACAAAAGAGUUUACAAAAUUAAUUAGUUUCCUUUUACUGUUAGUUGUUACAAAUACUUCCAUUUGCUUAGCAAACAAGGUCGCUACAGUUCAGUUUCUGUUCCCUACAAAUGUUUUACUACUGACAGAGGCGAUUUAAACCUGUUGUUGAUUAAUGUCGAUUUGCCUUCUCCGUUUAAGCCAUGUGAUGAGGCUUGACAAGUUCAGUCUCUUUUCCUCUUUCAUGCUAAGGUAAUUGAAAAUGACGUCAUUACGUCCAUAGUGUUGCAAAUAAAUGACAUAAAAUUACGUCCAAUCAAGAGAAGAGAAAAAUUCUCUCUUGCUUCUAAUGUAUUGCAAUUGUUUUCAAAAACGCAUGAUCCUGCCAAAUGACCUAAAAUAACCAAACAGAAUAGAGCUACCAGUUUUCCAGGAUAUUUUACUUCAAAAUAACGCUGGAAUAACGAUCACUGACUUCAUGUAUUAACUAUUAUUAUACGUUGUACUCACCAUCUGUCUUCUCAUUGGCUAAGAGCCUAACGCUCAUUUGGAAACCAGCGCAACCUACAGAUCAGUUAGUUAUCUGCUAUAAUAUCUAGAAAAUUUUCGGUGAAAUAAAACUGAAGCCCUUGUAAUUUCCAAAAGACUCGCAGUGAGUUCCCCUAGGAUGACCGAACGGGUACAAAUUUUAUAGCUCCGCUUAGAAUGCAUCAGUCUAGACUAAAAAAGUACUCUGGAUAGCCUAAAAGGUGUUUUCAAUGUUUUUAGGAGGAAACCGUCGUUGAAGUGGUCGUUGGGUGCCCUUGAUUUAGGUUCCAGGCGACGGUCAGUUUGUCGUUAUUUUCUUCAAAACAACGUAUAAUAAAACAAUGAUUCGGUUUUUUGUGAUAUACAAAUAUUCAAGGUCUCGGUAAGUGUUAUCAGCCUUGGCCUUCGAUCGGCUCGGCUGAUACUACACUUAUCUCGACCUUGAUUAUUCCGGAUGCCACAAAAACCUCAUCCAAUAAUUGUUUAAAAGCGGUUACUCCUGUUAAACCCCUUACACAUAUUAUAAUAUUGCCCAGGGGGAAAAAACAGACUUUACGCCUCAAGAAGCUCCAAAUUAUGCCGAAUAAGUGGACGGUACGGUUCAAAGGGUAAAAGCCAAAAUUGUUUUCUAGCUGACUCUAAGUCUACAUGUAUACAGAGUUACGGUAUCCAGGUUGCUUUACAAGGAAAGGCAGGCAUACAUCAUUGAUUAAAGAGAUCAAAUGGUUUUACAGAAAACAAAUCUGGUACGGUUGCGGUUGCUUAUAAUACUCUGUUAGCAACUUGCAAGUAAGUUCCCCAAAAGCCGAACGCAAACUUAAAAUUGAAGAACCUGAACUUACAAACAAUUGGCAAUUGUUAUUUCGCCUAACAAAUAUAGGAAACCCGUGAAAAUGAGUUUCCCUGUUUAUUUGGAAUUCUGAAGUGAUUGUUUGUACUUUCAAUCUCUUAAACUAUUUUGUUAAUCCCUAAAUAACUCUAUGCUUUGUUGUUAAACUAAUUAAACAUUCAUCUACCUUAGCAACAUAUAUUAUAGCGUGAAGAAAUACCUUUUAUAAAAAUGCAAUAUUCUUUAAUUAAUAACUCUGUGGGUAAUUGUAUUUGGGGGGGGGGGGGGGCCUUUAGUAAAUUUGCCUUUUUUUUUUGUGUGUGGAACCCCCCCCCCCCCUUCUUUAGUUUUUAAAUUUUUUUUUUUUUCUUUUUUAAAAUGUUUUUUUUUUCUUUUUUUAUUUAUUUUUUUUUUAAAAAAACGAUGGGGUGUUUCCCUUUCUUUUUUUUUUUUUUCACCGUUUUUAUAAAAUAUUUUUGUUUUUUUUUAAAAAAAAAUUAAAAAAUUCACAACCAUUAAAAUUAAUAUUAAUAGAGAAAAAAAUUUUUUGAUAAAAAAUGUUUUUUUUUUUUUAUUAUAGCUGUGGGGGGUGUUGUGUGGGGGGGGGGGGGGGGGCAUCUAGUAGAUUAGCCUUUGCUAUUCAGUAGGUGAUCCCAGCCCGCUCCUAUCUAGAUUUUACAAUUGUUAUUUUCUACUUAUGUAAACGUAUUUAUUUGCUCUUGUUAAUUCAAUGUAUCAUGCAAAAACGAGCUGAGUGAUCCCCUUCUCUUAUUCUUAUCUUACACUGGUUUUCCAUCCUCCCUCUUUGUGAAACAAUAUACUUCCGGAGCUUUUAAUUCGAAUUGGAACCACAGACACUUUCGGACGAGUUUUUAGGGAGCUCUUACAUCGUUUCGUGAGUUCCGACACCUCGAUCCUACAAACUGACCCACAAAUGAAUUCCCGUCUAGCCUUGCAGAAAGCUUGAAAUUUUAUGAAAUUAAAACUUUGGAGUCUGGGUACAAAGGAUUAUUAAAAAUGACUGGUUUUAAAAUGGUUUGUCUUCUGAGCAGUAAACGAACUGGAUGUAGUUGAAUUCAGUUACUUUGAUUUUACUCGUACAUUUCCCUUUACGUUGAUGAAUCGAGUCCGGAAACGAGUUUGCCUAAGAAGCUAGAUUAUUCAUAAUUUCUGGAUGGUGUUCCACGAUCGGCAAAUUUAAGAAAAAAAGUUUCCUUUAAUCCAAUAGCCAACUCUAUUUUAUGCGUGAACUUAAGAAAGAAGAUCAAGGUUGUAGCUUCAAAUAAAAUUAAGCCUAAAAUAAUGUCAACGACUUUCUUCCUUGUUUUUUCACUAACUCCAAACGACGACAAAAACGAAUGCGGGAGCAGCAAGGGGGACAAAAGAAAAACGGAUUCCAGGGGCUACUGUGCCGGUGGAAGUAAACGUCGAGAACUUGCUUGCGUUAACUGAGUAAGAGACGGCUUCAAAAACUCAGUGGUUUAAUAAGCACAAGCCCUUUAAAGUCAGGAUAAGAAGUGUAAUGGACCAAUUGCAAGCGAUUAAAAUUAGGACUAAUCGCUAAGCAGAAACAGAAAUCAGAAAUCAAAUGGACACAAUUGUAGUCUGCUUAGCAAAGGCUUUAUUACAGAUGUAACUAGUAUAAUUCUCGUUCCAAAACUCAACGAAUUCCAGAGGAAAGUCUUGCUUACGCGCAGACCUAGAUUGCUGGAUUAUAGCUUGAUUUCUUUAAUUCAGGUUCACAAACUUGCACCUUUCGAAUUCUCCCAUAGGCUCACAAGUUUCUGGUGUCAAUCAUAAACUAAAAAAGGAACUGGCUUAAUCAGUUUGGUCUGCGUAAGCACAUUAGAUCGCGGAAAAAAGUUUUAGUCAUAAUAACAAAACCACAAAUUGCAGGGGGAACAGGGAAUAAAAAGUGCCUCCUUUACCGCAUCACACGUAAGUUCCGUUGACAAAGUACCUACUUCCUUUGUCUGCGACAAAUUCAUUCUUGAGUUAUUUGAUUAAUUGCUCCUUAACUCUAGGUAACAGAGAGUUUAAAAGAACCGCCACCAAAACACCCCUUCAAGUGCUAUACAAUUUUAUUUGUGAGCUGUUAAAUUAAGUUCCUCAUUUCUCUGAAACGAGGAGUUUAAAAGCGUUGCCUCCUCAGCAACUAAAUCACUUACCCUGGAUACGACUUAAGGUAAGCCAGUUAAAAACUCAACAAAAAAUCUGUAACUUUUACUUGGAGGGAAGGUAGAGGUUUGCUCUUUUUUGCCCUCCUUAGCUUGUGUGUUCAUGAAAUGGGCUAUUGUGACGUACCUCUGUUUAUUACUCCUUUCUUGCUUUGUUCUGUUUCUUUUUUGUUAACAACAGACUCUAUCUUAGAGUAUAUAUACUUUUAUUAAUUUUUCGUACCAUGCAUGUAUACAGUUACAUAGGUGAUCUAAGGACACUCACUGGAUGGUUUACUGAUAAACUACGGUUAACUCCACAUUCAUGUUCACGUAAGCCUCCACGCCUUAGCUGAUUGAGCUUUAGUUCUACAUGAGUUCUGAUUUAACUUAAGCCUCAAAGCAACAGAUUGGAGCAAGUCGUACUUUGAUUCCAGCACGUCUCGUCCAAGGUGGCUAUCAAAUUAAGUUGGCAAGUUUCUAGGACAGAUUUCAGCCCAUCUUACCAAGAAAUAGCAAAAAAAGGGCUUGGGGCUUAAUACUGUACUAUUUUUUUAGGGUCCCUAUGCCUCUUUUUGAGUAAAUGUAACAAUUUUACUUCAAACCUAGGAACAUUACUUCAUCGUUAUUCACUUCAUUGUCUUCGUUUCGUGGAUCAGUACCAGUCAUUUAAAGAUGGUAUCACAAUUUGUGCCACUUCUGUGCUGUUCCUUUGCUCUUUUGGUGGUAAGUUAUUUCCUGCUUGUAUUAAGUUUGAUUUCAAUGUCCUGUUCAGCAGAGUCCAGGCUUUCACUGCAGAUCAUUGCAGAGAAUUAAAUGAACCCGGAUUGAACCUCCAGAGUUGCUCAACUAAGUAGUACUGAAAACUAAAUAUGCUUACAAAGAAGAGAACCAAACGUAACCAAGGAUAUUAGAUUGCUUUUUUGUCACUGUUGUAUCCGAUUGUUUACGGUAUAGUGAAAUUUAGUCACUUAUGAUGGUCUCGAAGCCACUUUUAUGUGGCUUUUGUGCAGCUGUUUGACGUCCUCAGCUUAUAUAUCUUCUGGGAAAAUGACAAAUUGUUUUUCGGGUCCUAUUUAGCUUCAUGGUGCACCUGAAUUUUAAUUCAACAGUUGUCAGCUGUCUCAUUGGCUUGAUUAAGUAACACGAAAAUUCUCUUGCUUUAAUUCUAGGGAGCAGCACUUGCUUCAUCUCCAGAGGCGAAAUCUCGUAACAAGCGUGCAGUGUCGAUUCCAUCCAAGCAUACGGUGGACGAUCUUGUUCUUGAACUGGCUAAAAAACAUGUGAGUUAAAACUUUUAAGGAACUAUGCAACAGUUUCUGCAUAAUGAGUUGAAGAUUCAACAUGCAUUUUUCAAGUAUCCGUGGUACUGUUACAAAAAAUCAAGAGAUAAAUUGCAAAAACAGUGGACGAAGAUCCUGCUGGUCGUCAACUUUGGAUAUUAGGAAAGAUCUAAUCAGCUAAAGCUGUUUAAAAAAAAAAAACGAGAAGUCCAAAAACUACUGCGAAGCUGGAACAUCGAGUAUUUUCAAACUUUUUCAAACAAUACUGAUUUCGGCUGGCCAGACCAGCUGGUGUUACUAAUUUUAAGUAAAAGUCCGUACCAUUAUUCUGCAAACAAUUACGUCCUUUAUAGUACAUUAUUCAGCCUCUAAUGUUUUCCUAUAUUACAAAUUGAACUCUAAUUGUAUUUGGAGCUUGUUCAGCAGGAAAUAGAAUUUGAAAAAAUGAUGAGUCAAAAUAUCUUUUUUUUUUUUUUUGAUUCAAAAUAUCUACCGUGGCAGCGCCCCUUUAAACUUAUGUAGGGCUAUUUCUUAGUUCUUAGAAGUGGCUAAAAGUUAUUACAAAUUAGGGGUGCGUGUGACAGGGAAGGCAUCAAAGGGAAAUACACAAUAGAUACCAAUUCCCGGCAGAGAGAAAGUCCUCGCAGCAAAAAGUGGCUUAGACACUGAGAAGGUUCGAUAAGGGACGCCGAAUUAGGAAACAGCAAUUCUUUUCUUUUAGUAGUUACAUUUUUAUGUUUUUCGACAAUUUAAUAGGAAAUCAUUAAAACGUUUAUUUAAAAAAACAGCAUUGUAUAGUACGUAUUGGCUAUACUGAGACCGCUUUAGCUAGAGUACUUGAUGCUCUUUGAAACCUGUCUGAGAUGCUAGCUCGAGGGGCCCAAAAUAGACUCCAAAUGAUGUGUUAAUACAUUAUUAAAAGCCUCACUAGAUUUUUAAUUCACAGAUUUAAAUAACUGAUAUUUGAUUUUUUAUCUUUAAUAUUUUUCUUUAUAGCUGAUCAAGAUGAUCGUUGAACAACAAACAGACAUGGCAAAGAUUCAGCACAGUCUCUCAACAUUGCAACGAGGUGAAGAAGUGUAUUGGGUUUAAUUUACUUUGUUGCUUUUAGACUUAAUGCAGACAGAAGUAUUAGACUAUUUUUUAGUAUAAUAUUAUUACCAACAAUCGAAACUUAUUCAAAAUAGCACACUUACUAAUAAUUUUGCUUUUACCGUAUCUUGGGCUCACCACUUCUGUUUGUUCUGGUAUGAGUGAUAAAACUUAAGCAGAAUUUCAAAUAUUGUUUGUUUGUAUAAAAUUUUAAAUAGUCAAUUAGUGCAAUGGUUGGAUAAAGUCCGUCAGAAAACUUUGGUAAUGUUUUUGCUAGCUUUUUGGGGGACUUGACCAUUCUCAACGUUUAAUUGCACUCCUAUCAUUUUGAACAAACUAACAAACAGAAGCGUCAAUGUAUUCAAUCUCAAUUUUUGGGCCAAAAGUAAAGAUCGAUUGUGCCUCGGGUCAGGGGGCUCCCAAAAUAAUCUACAACUCCCCUGUAUUAAUCUUUGAUUUUUACCAGCAUUCAUAACCACUCGCCUCAGUCUACUAACUAUUGUAAACAAAGAAAAGAAAGAAAUGGUAAAAUGAAUUUCAAAUACAAAGGCACUGUCUGGGGGGGGGGGGGGGGGGGGGGAUUUUCUCUUCUUUGAUUUUGGGGGUGUUGGGGGGGGGUUGGGGAGGGGGGGGGGGGGUUCCUAAAAAUUUUUAGGAGGGGGGAAACAAAACCCCGCCUGGAAAGGAUUCACGGGAAAAGAAAAAAAUAAAAGGGAAAAAAGAAAAUUCCAAACCACAAGUAGGCUGUUCUUACUCAAAGCCACCAGGAGAAUAAAAUAAAAUGUAAAAAAAGAAAAGAAAAAGAGAAAAAAUAAUUAAUAAGAAAGUAGGGGGGGGGGGGGGGGGGGGGGGGGGGGGAGGGGAAUUUCUCUUCCUUGCAUCUUGGCGUGAUGGGGGAGAGUUUGGGAAGGGUGGGGGAGUGUUCCUACAAUCUUUAAGCAGGCUGCAAUCAAACCCCGUCCUGACAGGAGUUCAUGGGAUAGUAAUAAAUGAACAGGGAUACACGAAACUUCCAAGCUACAGUUAGCUGAUCUUAGCUCUAUUUGCAUGACUGUAUGAUAACAUAGUAUCGAAGUAUUGAAAAAGCUAUUCAUAACUAAUCAAGCCACUUAUAUUUGAUAAAUUCCUGUUCCUUGGUUUGUUGCAGACGGUUGUACAAACAUCAAGUCGGUUGGUGCGCCUGUGACUCACAACACACGACAAUAUACCCAAGGAGCCUGGAUGAAAGACCCACUAGGCUUCAUGGGAGAUAAGAUAUUUGUUAUGGAGUCAUUUGCUGGAAGAAAAGUGCUUGAACAAUAUGAAAACAUUUUCAAGUUCAAGGCAGGAAUAGUUCAAAAGAAGCAUACGUUGCCUUAUAAUUAUGACGGAACAGGAGCAGUAGUGUACGGGCCAUACCUUUACUACAACAGGUGAGGUUUACAUAUGAAUGAUUCUCCCACGUCACGCAGCGGUUUUGGUUUCGUCACGCAAUGCGUCUCCCCGAGAGAAAGGAGCGUUCGAUACGAAGCAAAAGGAGCUGAUGAGUGGGAGAUCAACAAAAGAUCUGUUACUGCAAAUUUCCCUCUGCACCAGAAAAAUGUUCUUUUCCUGGUUGCCACAAUUUUGAGAUCAAGUAAAAAAUAAAAAGCCUCUCUCAGGUCAUCUGACCCUGAAACUGAGAAAGAAAACUGACCAUCCGAUCUUCCCUAUAUUAGCACUUGUUUGCCUUCAGAAUGAUAAGUUAGCCACAAAAUCAAGCAGUUUUUAAUGUGAGGUGGAAGAUUUGUUUAUUUUAGACGCCGUUUUAGUCUAUGAAGAUGUAAGAUCGGCUUUAAAAGUCCAAGAAAACAAUCUCGUGAUAUUUGAAUGCCUGUUCCUUUGCUUUGUAAAUCAACAGAGAAAAUUCACCCUACAUCAUCAAGUACAAUAUACUGACAAGUAAGCAAGAAGCCCUUAUUAACUUAGCUUCAGCUGGCUUUACACAGAGGAAGAAUUAUUACCAAUGGGGUGGUAACACUGGAAUGGACUUGGCUGUCGAUGAACAAGGAUUGUGGGCUUUGUGGGCCGAUACUGACAAUUCCUACCGACUUUACGCUUCUAAAAUUGAUGUCUACAGAAAUGUCAUUAUCGACACGCGCGCCUUGACUACAGGUAAGAGCAUGUGCGUGAUUCAUUUACUGUGUAACCUGUCCCACUUUUCAGCGGACACAAAAUCUGGUGCCGAAGAAUGUUCACAUUUUCUUUGUCUUAAGGGACACUUCUUCUGGGUCCCGAAGGGGACACCUUAGCACUCAAAAAGUGACUGACCACAAAAAUCGUUAAUACAUUGUAUUGUUCACUAGUCACGGAGGCGACAGCUUUCAAAACAUGAACUUUCUCACUUUAAUCAAUGCAAUGCAGUGUGGGAAUUAAACACACAACAUUGCAGAGAUAAGUUAAUCAUGAUUUUUUUUACACUAAUAUUAUCUAGCUACAUGAAGUAAUGACCGCAGAAGAUUCGGAGGCAGAAUAAAAGAAAACCAUUUUAUUUGUUGCUUAAUUAUUACAACCCCCAGCCCAACCUCCCCUCCGUCCUUCAGGGGACACUCCCCUUUGUCCCGAGGGUGCCCCCUGAAUAGAGGCUCCACUGUAUACAACUCAGAGAUCCGGCAGUACAAAGGCUUCCUACUUCCCUAGCUCCUAUUUACUAAUUUUCUUGGAAUUUAACAACAGAGAAAAGCGAAAAACAGCUCUCACCAAAUUUGAGGGGGCUGUGUCAUGGCUCUCAAGUUCAUUUUACUGAUAAAGCCGAUUACAUGUCCUUUUUUGCUACGAAAAUUGCGAAAUUACCUGUUGAUUACAGAAUCACAGCUUCUUCGUCAAACAAACAUGUCUCCCAAGUAUUAUUUCAGAACGUUACCGAAACAACAAAUUAAACGAACUUUAAAACCUUUAAGGCCAACAAGUUUUUGUCCAUCCUUUUCUUCUUUUGUUCUUACCGUGUUAUUUAUAUCUUCUUCACAGGUUGUUAACAGUUAUUUUUAUGUUUCACUCAAUUUGGUGGCAGUUUCCACUGUUUGAAUUAUGAAAAGUUUGGUGCCACAGCUCCUGUUCAGUUGACAACGCGAAAUUCAAUUCUUUACUGCCUUUUGGACAGAGAACUGCAUCUCCCUUCUUCCUUCUCAGUUUUUUUUUUUCUAGUUUUCAAUUUCUGUUUUAUUUUGUUACAUAUAGAAAGAAUGCACCACAUGGGGAAUGCUUUUGUCGCCUGCGGUGUGGUCUACUGUAUAGACGCCUAUAAUUCCCGGUCCACAACCAUCAACUUUGCUUACGACUUCAAAACUGGACGUUCAUGGAACCCCAACAUUCAGUUCACCAAUCAGUACGGCUAUAACUCCAUGGUGGACUACAACCCCAGUGAAAGAGUGCUGUACGCCUGGGACAACAAGCGUUUGGUCACUUAUCCUAUCACUUUUGAACCACAGAAGUAA